GCCGCAUCGGCUUUUUCCCCGACACCUUCACGAACGGCUCAACAAUACUGGGCUGAGGCCACUUUACUUUUGCUGCUUCAUACACAAUGGCAUCCUAUACAUCUUAUGGACUACUCGAUCAGUUGGAAGAAGACGGACUCCACAAGUCGCGCCUUCUCAACGUCGAAGAAAAGCCCUUCAAGCGGAUCUCGAAGCGUCUCCUGAACAACGACUCGGUCCUCGUCUCGAACACAACCCUCCCCCCGACGCCUCCGCCGGAUGGAAUGGACGACGAAGCUGCGGACGCUGCGGCAGCCGCAGCGGCGGCCGAGAAGCAAAAACGGCACGAGCACUGGAGCCAGUUCCGCGACGACGUCGCCUUGGAUUUUGCCGCCUUCGAGAUCAGCAUCGCGCGCAUCCAGUUCCUCCUCACGAGUAACGAGAAGGAACGCGAGCGGUACGCGACCGAGAAGCUGGGGAUCCUGGACACCAUGCAGUCCGUCCGCGACAACACCUCCGAGCUGCGGGUUCAGCUGGAGGAGGCGCAGCGGCUGCUGGCGCUGCGGAAAAGCUACGACGAGUUGGCGGACAGGAUCACGAGCAAUCGCCUCCUCAAACCGCGCGAAGACCAACAGGCCAACCUGCAGAAGCUGCAGGCCGAGAUCACCGAUCUGGAGAAGGAAAGCAAGGAAUACGCGCAGACGUGGGCGGAGCGCCGGGAGCAGUUCGGGCGCAUCGUCGAGGAAGGCAUGCAGCUGCGUCGCUUGAUUCGCGACGAGAAGGAGGAAGUGGAGCGCCGGGAGGGGAUGCAGGAAGGCGAGGACGGCGAUGACGGCGACGUACCGUCCAAGGGCAAAUCGAGCGGGGCUAAUACGCCUCGUCACGACUCGGAGAGCCUGGCUUCAUCGCAUCAGAGCCCGGAGGAGCUUGGUCGUCUGUCGGCUGGGUUGCAAGUGGAUAGAUUCGGCACGACCGGUGCGGCGUCACCCUUGCGGCAAGUGACGGUCCCAGGUGACGAAGAGAAACGCUCGCCUGAUCUGGACACCACGAUGGAGGACGAAGGCGAGGUACAAGAAGAACUGGAAGAGGGGGAAGAGCAGGACGAUCGGACAGAUAGAAUGGAUACUACUUGAUUAUCGGAAGCCCUUAUGAGCCACCAUUAAGCGCGGAGUUAUUUGGCGGCGUUUGGAUUCAUGGUGCCUGUUAUUUACAACAAUUUUGCUUUCUUUUCCCAUGUUGUACUUUUACAAUAAUUGCCGAGUCGGCUUUGAUGCAUAGACAGAACCAGUGACAGUGGAUUUACGAAAUCUCUCGCUCCGCUGUUCUGGCCUGGGAGAUAGCCUCCUUUGCAGCAUUGAUCUGCUCGACAUUGCUUUCGGCGCCCUUCUUGCCCUCCUCAAUC